AUGGGUGCAGAGCGAAAGCAGCUACGUCCUGCAAAGAAGGAGCCAGCCGAUGAAGAGCAAGGACGUGGAGGCCUCUACGGUGCUGUCAACAAAGCAGUAGAAGAUCCCGGGAGAUGGUUGAAGGGCGUGGCAAGGUGGUUAGAGACGUCCGAAGACACGGAUCCCGUCCGGGUAUUCACCCUUUGCUGCGACGACUUCCGGCCGAGGCGCCUGAAGGCUCCGGUGGUUCUGGCGUGGCUACUGGUGCAGCUGCUGGGCUUGGUCUUCCAGGUGAUUCUUUGGCUGGAGGUCGGCCGGAACUUGGAGGCCUUCGAAGAUACCUUGGCCCAGAAUUGUGCUCCUGCGCUUCAGCAGCACGGCAUUUGCCUUGGGCCCGCUUGGAAUCUGAGCUACUCCGGGUCAGGGGCCCAGCCUGCGCCGCCAACAGCGCAAUCUGCAUUCUGCAUGGACUUUGUGCAUUCGCGUGUGCUGCCAUGGUUCGCCAUCCUUGGUCCGCUGGCUCAAGCAACAGUGGUGUAUGGUCUGUAUGGCGAUUUGCUGUGUUGCAUGCAGACUUGUUCCAUGGUCAGCAUGGGCAAAGAUGACAAUGUGAAGGCCAUGGAAGUCCAAGUUGAGGCAAUGCCAGGAUGGGAGGUGCCGAAAGGCUUCUUCGUCGGGGUGCGUCUCGGGGAAGCAGUGAAGCAGCGAAGACUCGACGUCGAUACGAGGUCAGCCAGUAGCUUCAUCUUCCAGAAGCAGGACGCCAGAAGGAGAGCAAAGAUCGACAUUUACCGACACGUUGGAUCGUGCUCGGUGGCAGUUGAUCCGAGCAAUGCCGGCAAUGACGAGGUGAGCAUACCUUGCUCUGACCCCACGUUGCCGAACGUGCAGCUGCGAAUCACGUCGAAAGCCACAGAGGUCUCUGCGGAGGAGCAGCAGAGCCGUCGGCGAACCGAAGAGCAAGAGCUCAAGGGGUCUGCCAUGAACUACUUGGCGGCCCACGGCAUCGAACAAGCUUUGGCAGAGUCCGUGCGCUUGUUGUUGAAGACACGGCCGGAAGAUCCCUUCGGCUUCCUAUGCAGCCAGCUCCAGUCCGCAAGCGCCGCGAGCACCGCAAGCGCCGCCAGCAAGCCGAGGGUUGAGCAAGCAACGAAGACGUGGAAGGAGGUGUCGUCCUGGAGCCUCCCGGAAAAACCGGAGGCUCGGGAGGUGGAGCGGAGACUCGGCAAGGCAUUGGUCCAGCUGGAAGGUGAUCUUGCAGGACUAUACCUUCCACUGCCUUCCUCAAGGAGUUGGCCACUCAUGCCUGAAGGCAUGCCAGACUCAUGGACCACAAAGCUCCGCAAGGAGGGGCUCCUCUUUGAGGCUUCAGAGCCGAGUGGGCGUGGCAUCUUUGUCUCACACCGCGAGGACUUCGUGCUUUGGAUCAACAGUGCCGACCACAUGACGCUCCUAAUGCGGUCUGGAGAUCAUGCUGAGGCGGAAAGCGUGCUGCAGGCGCUGAAACAGAUGUUUGGACUUCAGUCGACCCAGAACUUCAGAACCGGCUCAGAGCGUGGACACUAUCGACUUAGGGAGGUUGGGCUGCCCAUGUCCGUCCAGCGCCUUGCUGCCAUCGCCGUCUGCAAGGACGCAGGCCUGCUGACGCCGCAAGACCUCACCUCGCAGAGCUUUGGAACUGCGGCCUUCGCAGGUGAUGACGACUGCUCGGAGGUGGAUUCAGGGGCCUGCCACUUAAAUGCCCUGCAGCGGCGAGCCCUCCAGGUGCGUAACACCUCGAAUAGCUCCGCGGCCAUAGCAAGUCUGCCACCCGACAUUCCACUGCCAGCAACGCCUGCACCGACACCGUCAACUCCAGGGGAUGUCCCGGCCGACACGACUGCAGAGCCCGCGGCAAAGCCCGUGGCGGAGCCCACGGCGGAGCCCGCGGCGGAGCCCACCGCGGAGCCGGCGGCGGAGCCCACCGCGGAGCCGGCGGCGGAGCCUGCAGAGCCCACGGCAGAGCCUGCGGCAGAGCCCACAGCAGAGCCCACGGCGGAGCCCACAACGACUCCUAAGCCGGUCUCCGUGUGCUUGGCUGGUCAGCAGAUCCCCUUCUCCAACAGAGGGCCUGGGAACGAGUGCAUGGCCAGCAAGCUUGGAGAUGAAUGCGCCUAUCAGUGCAAUGAAGGAUACAUUGGUGUUGGAAGGCACGUAUGCCAGACGGCGAUCAUCCAGGGCAAGGUUUGGAAAGAUAAGUCCUUCUUCGGUGGCAACUGCUGGAGACUUUGUGCAUCCACAGCAGGGCCUUGCCCUGCAGGCCAGGUUCCGCUCCGGGUCAACACGACCGACGACCUCGGCCCCUGCAUGCAGACAACAUGCAUGACUGCCGACGAUGCUUUCAAGAAUCUGGCGCGCGGCAACUACGAAGUCUGGCGAAGAUCCCGCAACGAUUAUUCUGGCUGCUACACCGAUCACAUCGACCUCGACACGGGGAAGGCGCAGUUGGGCUCAUCGGACACGACUGGGAUGGGACUCAUUAUGGAGUGCGUGGCGCAUGCCAUGGGCUGGAUAUCAAACCAGGAGUUCCUCGAACGCGUCAACUUGACAUUGUCAUCCUAUGCAAAUAUUCCACCUCCAGCAAAAGCUGGGUUCUCCUGGAACUUCACUCGGGGGCCGAGGGGCUGGGUCCCUCGCUACUUCGAAGAGGCAACGGGGGCACUGCUGGCAGAGGCCGGGGACAAAGUAGACGGUGUUUGGUCAGUUAUGUCAACUGGCCUCUUCUAUGUUGGAGUGAUGUUUGUGCAGACAUAUGUACUGAACAAGCGGAUUCAGCAGUCGGAAGCUUCUGGCUUGAUUGUGAGGCUGACCGAAACGCUGAUGGACAAAGUGGACUGGCACAGCAUGCUGUGCCUGCAAGCCUAUGCCUCCACAAAUGUCGUGGAGGGGUACAAUGGCACUGGCAUCCCAAUGCUUAUGAACAAUCAGGGCAUGUGCGAAGGAAUUGUUUGGCCGGAGGCUGAUGGCUAUUAUCCCUUCACUGAAGAGAUCACUGCUGCAUGGCUUGCCGACCGCAGGGUUUGUGGACAUCGAGGUCAAGAAUACUGUUCGAUGCCGGCUAUUCACACCAUGUGGAACCGCGUUGUUGGACGUGCUCUUCAUCCAAACAUUGAGAUGUUUGGGUACCCACUGCUAUCCAAAUGGUCAUCCUAUGUCCUGCAAAUUCCAUACUACACCACGCAUCCUGUGAAUUCCUUUCCGUCCUUCCUGAAGCUGUUCAAGGAGGGAUGGCUCGCUGACUGGGCUAACUAUAACAGCAGCGUGUUCUACGGAGGUUCAGAUCGCUAUGGAGUUGGCGCUGGGCCUGACAUUGUUUGGUGUUCUGGGAAAGAGUACAACGCCGACAUGUACACCGACAAUGCUUCUAAAGCCGACUGCCGCACUUGGAGUCCAGAGGCAGUUGCCGGCUGGCUGCCAGCAUCUCCUGAGGUCAUCAAGGGACACCUCUUGCACAUGAUGGCGAACGGCGAGUCGGUGAUCCCAGUUCCUGGGACCGACUACCAUGUCCUCUGGCGCAAGGCAAUGGUGGAUCCUGGCAAGAACUGGUCAAGCUACAUUACGUUGAUUGACCUGAGCACCGAGCUACUGGGUUUGAGCACGCUGUGGCUUGGAGCUGAGUUCUACCGCAACAACACGAACCACUUCACCAGCGCCCGCGGAUACCAUGAGGAAGUUGGCCAGUUCAUGAUUUGCAUCCCAAAGUCGCUUCAAUUCUGCCAUGGUGUCCAGCUUGCCAGCAUCCACAACCUUAGCCAUUUUGGCUUUGUUCAGAACAUCAGCCUAGCCGUUUGCUGCAUGGCUGCUAUGCACACAGGCGCCCAGCGCUCCUUACUGGUAGGGGUGCUGGUGAUGCGCUUCAUGUGCGCCGAGUGCAAAGUGCAAUCAGGGACAUUGACAUUCGGAGGGUCAGCUGCAGAAGAGCAAGAGCAGUGGAGAUUCCUUGGCAAGUUUGGUUACGCGAUCGGCACGGGCCGGUAUGAAAUUCGGCUGAGGCUUCACAACAUCUUGCAUGAAGACCAGGUCUUGCCUAGACCAGAUUUGGAGAUCUUCCUCGAUGAGGAUUGGCCGAAGCAGGCCAAAUUCUCGGCCUGCCAGCGUGCGCAGGACGUCCCAGCAAGGAAGACUCACGGAAUGCUCGUCCCAGGGCAGCAUGGUGAGUGGGGCCCGUGGGAAGUCGGAAUGUUGUAUCAAACAAUUCGGCCUCACAUCUGGUACUUUGCUCUCUCUGACUGUCCAGAUCAGAUUGCCCGGGGCAUGCCCGGAGACCGGAGUUUUAGCUAUACAGUGGACUACGAGAUUCGCUGGAGGCAGUUCGAUGACUCAGAGCUGAGCUUAGAAAUGAGGUACAUGCCAACUGCAACAGCGUUGGUCCUGCUGAUGCUCUCGGUGAUGGCAUGCUGGUUCCUGGCGAGAAGCCGGGCCCUUCGCCAAAGCCUAGGUCGGCUUCAUCCCGUAGUUCGUGGCUUGUUCUUCGCUGUGAGCCUCCACUGGGCUUCACAGGCACUUCAUCUGCUGCACCUCUUGACCUACAAGAAGAACGGUCAGGGUCUGCCAGCUGCAGAUGGACUCGCGGAGGUGCUUUUCAUGUUGAGCCAGGUGGCGAGCGCAUCUUUGUUGAUUGCAAUAGCUCAGGGCUAUACCCUGGUUCGCUCAAAGUUGAGCGAGGUUGAGCUACUGGUCCCCGUGGUGACCGUGAUUACGAUGUUGCAUGUGGCGUUGGUAGCGAUGGGAAAGCUACAGGCCGAGGAUUUCAAGUACCACGAGAACGAAGGCCUCGUUGGCUGGAUCCUCCUUACCGUUCGCUUGAGUCUCUUCGCCUGGUUUCGUAGCGGCAUCCAGCACCUGCGAACAUCAGGUGGCAUGAAGCUCCAGAACUUUUUGCAACUGUUCGAGAUUGCUGGGUCGGCGUACUUCCUGGCAUUUCCCAUUAUCUUCGUGCUGAUUCAGGUACUUGCGCCCUAUCUUCAACAUCCAAUCUUGCAGACGACGCUGCUGGCCGUCCAAACAGCAUCGUGGCUGUGGCUUGCAGACCUCUUCCUCAAGCGUGGCAGCUAUUUCGAGGCUUGCUAUGUGGGCAUGCCACACCAGUUCGUAUCCGAAGUCACCAAUGACUCUCCUGGAUCGAACUCCCAGAUCUGGCUUAUGAUUUUGCAACAUAAGAUUCCAAAUGGUCCAGGAAUGAGCCUUCUCAGCGAAGCUUGUCCAUCCAUGCCGUACAUUCACCUGCGACAUUUAGCUCAUUUACUCGCCCAGUCGUUGUUUUCGUCGAGUUGCUGUGUGAUUUCAGCUUGUCCUGCCUGUCCUGUGGCGUGUCCGGUGGAUGAGGAUGUCCAGUCUUGGUUCCAGACAUUGGCUGUAGCCUGCAGCAACUUGUGUAGUCGCACGUUGGGUGUCAAUCCGAAGACGCAUUCUGUACUUGCCUCACCAGUAGAGUCCAAUGAGUCCAGACCUCUCGCCCCAGCGAAUCUUGGAGGUCUCGGAGUUGAGCGCAUCGAUCCUGCCAGGGGCAACAUGGCCGCAAGAUGCCACAAGGUUUCAGGGAGACUGCACAUCGUGUUGCUUCUACCUGACGUGCAACGAGCAUGGUAUGUUGUGAUGCCGGCAUCUGCCCAAGGUGAAGACCUUGAAAUCGAAGGCAAGGUCCAGGCCGCCCAAAGGCGGUCAGAUGCCUGCGUGGCUCCUGUGCCCAACGCACGACAGUCGGCGACGGACAAAUAUGCGUUUGCUUGCAACACCGACAUCGAAGUUAUGCCUUCCUGCUCCUUCCUGCUCCGUGUGAGAGUCGACUCCGCAGUCUCUGCGAGUGGUACGAACGCGACAGGCUUUCCUCCUUUGUGCGGCAGAUCAGUACGGCAGCGGCCACCAAUGAUGGUCAGUGAGAGUGGCGAAUCUACAAGUGAGACAAUCGGCCUUAGUGGUGCCUGA